UUCUCGGAAGAUCUCGCGAGAUCUUUGUUGUUGUAGUUGGUAACGAACCAACAUGGAGGACCUCGACAGACGCAAAAUGUGUCGAUUAGUGCAUGUUCUAUAGACUCCCAUUAUUAUACAGCAAUGGAUAUUCAUAAUAUGCUAACAUAGCACAGACCCAAAGCCGGUUAGCAAUUCACAAUGACAUGCAACUGGCAAAACGACGAUUAUUUUUCGAUGCUCAUGAGCACCGAUAAAAAGGCUCAUGUUGCACUGGAAAUGCUCGUUGAUGAUUUACAUGGAGAUAAAGAACGAACGGUGCAUAAAUUUUUGGGUCAUUCUGGUGCUGAAGAUUUUCUUUAUGGCCUUGUUAGACUACUGGGAAGUGAAAAUCCAAGGGUGGCAGGCAAUGCAGCGUACAUUAUUGGAACUGUUGCGGAGUCAGAGAUGGGCUGUUACCGCAUCCUGGGUUUGGCCAAAGGUCAGCAGGCGGAGAGGAAUAUACUCGCAGACUUGACACGCAUGCUGACUUUUGAUGACUCUGAGAGUGUUAUGAAUGCUGCUGGGACUAUGGGGACAUUGGCUGAGAGCUAUGAAGGUCGAGAGUGGAUACUUGCAGAUCCGUGUUUAAGUGAAACAUUAAAUCACAUCACAACACUUUUACAAGCUGAAAAUCUUUGGACAGCCAGCAAUGCAGCUUUAGUUCUUGCCAGAUUAGCGAUAUCAGAAAAUGGUUGUACUGCAGUCCUGGAGCAUGAACAUUCACAAUAUAUCCUCUCUAAACUAGUCCAGUCGCUCGGCGUGGAUGAAGCAGGCCGAGGAAUGAAUGCUGCUUUUGCAAUAGGUCGCCUUUGUGAUAUGGAAGUUGGUAGAAAAAGAUUAUUAAUGUUGUCAGAUUCUGAAAGAAUGCUGUCUUCCCUGGCUAAGAUGCUGAGUUGUGAUGAUACAGGUGCUAGUAAAAAUGCUUGUUUUGCCCUCAGUUGCCUAGCAACAAAUGCCGAGGGUCAUGCAAGACUCUUAAAAAAUAUUCAUUCAGACAGUAUAUUACGUACACUUGCUGAGCUUUUGAGUGCUGAAGAUAGUGAAACUGGAUGGUUUGCUGCAAUGACACUGAGAACUUUAGCUAGUCAACCCAGAGGAUGUCUUAGAUUGAGAGACCACCCUCAAAUCAUACCAGCCUUACAGGCGGUAACCAAAGGACCAAAUUUGAACAGUGAUUUGCAAGAGGAAGCUGCCAUUACGUUGGAAAUUCUCAAGAGAUUAGAUAAACCUUCUCCACCCACCAUUGAAGUGAUUGGACACAACUCCAUAAAGGCUACAUGGGAAGCUGUUCCUACUAAAAGUGGGUUCACAGUUAGAUACCAGCUGUUUGAUUCUAAUGCCAACAAAUGUGUUUACACUGGUAAAGAUACUUGAUAUUUUUUUUGCUCUCAAUACACUUAUAAACUCAGGGAUGAAACGGUGACCAUUGUCACAGAGGAAAAUGUUCCUACUGCUCCUAUGAAUUUACGUGUGUUAGGCUGUACAAUAACACAGCUAAAAGUAGGCUGGGAUCCUCCAGAACAGCUGAAUGGAACAUUUAAAGGAUAUUAUAUUUAUUUAGAUGACAAACAGAUAGAACAUACUCAGGAACUUAUUUCCAUAUUGACAGGACUGGCUGCCAGUACAUCAUAUCAAAUAGAGGUUUGUGCAGCCACCAGUAAAGGAAAGGGAGAGAAAUCAUAUAUUGUGGGAACAACUUCUGAAAUAGGUGCACAUGCCCCCUCAAAGCCCCAUGUUCAAGUGCUAGGGAGAAAUGAGCUCCACAUUACUUGGGAACCCCCUGAGGUGCCCCUAGGGAGGAUUACAAGAUACGACCUUCUUAUGAACGGGAAGAUCAUAUACUCUGGGACUGACCUCAGCUAUCCGGUCCGGAGACUGACCCCCGAUACAGAAUACUCAUUUGUGGUUGUUGCAUUGACAAGUGAAGGGAAGUUUGACAGCAAAGUUACAAAGAAACGGACAGCUAAAGAUGAAUAUGACUCUAACCGCCCCCCACUGUACCAAACGCCAAGCAGCCAGUGGCAAGGUAAGAAUUACUCAUUACUGCUGCCAAGGUUUCAGAGGAAUUCCUUCAUAAUGCAAGUUUAAACCAUAUUUUCAUAGCAUCGUUCCAUAACGCCCGGGAAUCUGAGAAGCAAAACACCUGCUGAACAAGUAACCCUGGCAACCAGACCUGUCUCAGGUAGUAGCUGUGCCUCAACGAUCCCAGAAAAAGAAAGUAAAGAAAAUCGUGAAACCGAGCAAAAAGAAUCUUCAAGAACACCUGAAACACAUCACAUCACCCCAGAGAGAGCUCCCACAAAGUCUGCACCCGUUCAUGCUGUUCAUUUCCGAGAAAAUCAUCAUCAACCUGUUCAAAGAAACCCCUCAUCCAAACCUGAACGUCUUUCUCAUGUCAACAAAAUGUUUCCGUUAUCUGUAUCCUAUGUAUCCAUUCAGGGGGAGGGUGCAAAAGAUAAAGAAGAUAAAAAACUAUUUUAUAAAUCUGGAACAUUUAUCGAAAAUUCCAACUCCACAUCCAUGCAUGGCUUGAAGGUGGAGAGAUCUCGAACUACAAUGCAUAGCAGUCAUGUGAGAAGACGUGCUAAAGUAAUAGAAAACAAUGGACCCAUUAAUCCAAAUUUAAUUAAUCAAGAUUAUCGCAAUACUUUGUUAGGAAAAACAUCUGAAGCAUUGCAACCCAAACCUGCACAGGAUAUUCAGUUUAAUCUAACUUCUCAUCAGAUAGAGAGCACGAAACAGCCAACUCAGAACUCUAGUGAAAAGCAGCAAGUCUACAGUGAACCAGCUUCUAGUAAACAAAGAAUGUCUCCCGUAAUGUCCCAGAAUCCACCCAAGUCAGAAAAUGUGGCGUUCAAUAAUCAGCGACCGAGAGGAAGUAAGGAAAAGCCGAGUAAAGAAUUGUUUCUUCCCAAACCUGUGUUACCUAGUCAGCAGUAUUUGGAGGGUAGGACACAUGGUCUUUCCACCCCUUAUGGUUCUAGAUCCCUCCCCAGUCCCAGGUCACUUUAUCCUCAGAAAGAGGCCGAGACCACAGAACUGGAGAACCAGCAAAGAAAAAGCAGUUCGGGAAGUACAAACAAUCAGUUGUUCCUUGCGGAACACCCCCACGAUUGUUCUUACUUCUUAACUAUGCAGGAACACCGAGGCAAUAGUAACGUCAGUGUGCACAGAAUUAGCUCUGUCCAGCCGCAGACAGAGAGAACAAACCAGAGAUUCUCCCUUCCCAACAUUCCUCAGCAACGAAGUUCCAGAUCUUUCCGUAAAGUCAGCAAGAAUCACUCGCCCGAAUCCGUGCCUUCUAUGCCCAUGGUACCUAGUGCUCAGACUUUCAACUUAGACAUUCCUGAAAACAAGUCAACCAUGACUACCUGGAAUCGGACCUUUAUUCCUAUGCAGCUUCGAACCCAACCUUCCAAUCUACCUCCUAGUCAACUCCAGAGAAUGAACACCACACUGGGUGAACAGUCUAAAGGUGUACAAUUUAAACGUGUUGAUGCCUUGGCCAGAAGUAAAACUGUGAUUGAUUUAAAGCAAAACCCAACAACCCUAGGUGAACAGGCAGAAAGAUUUCCAAUUACACACAGUGCUAAUAUCAAGGGCAGGGCAUCUCCACAUUUGAAAGGUAAAAACAAGAGCCUUAUGAGGUCCCCCAGUGCUCAUUACAAGGAACCAGACUCUGUGCUUCUAAAGAAAUCUUGGUCACUAGGCUCUUCACAUGAAGGGACACAACUCAGUGCUAGAUAGUCUGUGCUUUUUUUUUUGUAUAUCUUUGACAGUCAGAGGAGCCAUAUUGGAACAAAGUUUAUAGUUUUAUGUUAUGUAUAAAUAUGGAAGACUGCCAAAGAGGCGUACGUGAUAAUGUUGUCCAUUAGUAAUUAUUUCUUUUCAUUUUUAGGGAUUAGAGAAAA